AUGUACCUCGAACCUGCUCGAGACCAGGUCCAGGCAGACAGGCACCGCUUUUCCCGCAAACUACUUGCCUACGUCCGCGAACGGCGUCAAGACACAUGGGGGUGGGUAGUCUACCGCACGACCUACAAAUCCGACGCCGCCUUCUCCAGGGCAAUCGACGUCCUCAACUCCUGGAUCAAGGCAGAAGUCUACCAAGACGCAGACCCGCGCUCCUCCGGCGUCCAAAAUCCAGAUCCCACGCCUAACAACGAGCUAUGGGCGUGCCACCGCCUGACCAUCAUGGACGACCCGGCAACCCUCGACGGCGCAUCCAUCGAGGAUGUGCGUUCGCAUUUCGAGUCCUGGGUAGAAGGCCAGGGGCAGCGCGAUCGGUGGAACAAGUACCGCGUGUGCAUGGUGCUCGAUGACGAGAUCCUGUCGCUGCUUGCUCAGGUGCCGACUGCGGAGGAGCAUGCGGAGAGGCAUGGGCGGUGUGGGGAGGAGAUCAACAAGUG